GAAAUACCAAAACAUUCACUUCAACUCAGCAAGCUGCAAGUGAAAGCCUAAAUUGGUUUCAUAAGAGAACUACUGUUGCUUAAGUACUGUCAUCAUAAUGGCUCUUGCAAAGUCUCUGUGCUUUCUGGUUUUGUUGGGUGUGAUAAUGGGUGUGUAUGGAGAUGGAGAAUGUGGAAAUACCCCUGUGGAGAAAGCAGCCUUAGCAAUGGCACCCUGUGCUCAGGCAGCACAAGACAAGACUGCCCCUGUUUCAUCAGGGUGCUGUGACUCUAUCAAGAAGCUCAGCAAUCAAAAGGAAUGCCUCUGUGCUGUCAUGCUCUCUAAAAUUGCACAAGCAGCUGGAAUAAAGCCUGAAGUAGCCAUCACCAUCCCAAAGCGCUGCAACUUUCAGAACAGGCCUGUUGGGUACCAGUGUGGAGCUUACACUCUGCCUUGAACAUGGAUGUUUUAAACAGAAUAAGUGGAGACAGAGAGGAUGAUUAUACUUUAUGGGUACUAUAUAGUGUAAUGCCUCUCCUCUAUAUUAGUAAUAAAUAAAGAAAAAGCAUCAGAAUGCUUUGGCCUUCA